UGCGUAAUGCUGACGCAUGCGUUUGUUUUCCCUCCAUUCGCACAUUGUGCACCCUAUAAACUAUCAAGUUUUGUUUUCUAUUAAUUAUUCACUUUUCAUUUGUUAUUAAGGUAAAGCGUUUGAUAGUCUUUCGUCAUGGCAACCGUCGGCGAUUAUAAACUGGGCACCUUGAUAAUUGAAGGUAAAACCAAGCAAGUGUACGACUUGCCUCAAGUUCCCGGCCACGCUAUUCUUGUAAGUAAGGAUCGUAUCACCGCAGGAGAUGGGGUUAAGUCUCACGCUUUGGAAGGCAAGGCUGUUAUAUCGAAUAAAACGAAUGCCAAAGUGUUUGAAAUCCUCAAUUGCGCAGGCAUAAAAACCGCAUUUGUAAAAAUCGCGACCGACAACUCUUUUAUUGCGAAAAAAUGUGCGAUGAUCCCAAUAGAAUGGGUUACGAGACGUUUAGCAACCGGUUCGUUCUUGAAGCGUCACACCGGCGUCCCUGAAGGUUAUCGCUUUUAUCCUCCAAAAUUUGAGACGUUUUAUAAGGAUGAUGCAAACCACGAUCCUCAAUGGUCAGAAGAACAAAUCGUGUCCGCCGAGUUCAAGGUUAACGGCCUAACUAUUGGACAAACGGAAUAUGAAAUAAUGAGGAAAAUGAGCAUUCUUAUUUUUGAAAUACUUGAAAAGGCAUGGGCCACACGUAACUGUGCUCUUAUCGAUAUGAAAGUUGAAUAUGGGGUGGACGAAAAUGGUGAAAUUCUCCUGGCCGACAUUAUUGACUCGGACAGUUGGCGAUUGUGGCCUUCUGGUGACAAACGAUUAAUGGUCGACAAACAAGUGUACCGUAAUCUACAAUCGGUAACUCAGUCAGACUUGGACACUGUGAAACGUAACUUCGAAUUGGUUAGGGAGCAAUUGGAUCAUUUAAUACCCAAAAAUGAUAACAUGGUCGUUAUAUUAAUGGGAAGUCCGUCAGAUUCCGAUCAUUGUAAUAACAUUAAAAAACAUUGCACGGCUCUUGGCAUAAAUGUGGAUAUACGUGUUGCCUCAGCUCACAAAUCGACCGAGGAAACCUUGAAGAUCGUCAAAUAUUAUGAAUCGUUGCCUUUACAAGUUGUCUUUAUAGCCGUCGCCGGACGUUCAAACGGUCUGGGACCAGUUCUAUCGGCAAACUGCACGUCGCCUGUUAUUAACUGUCCUCCUGUUAAAAUGGACAAUGUAGACAAAGAUAUAUGGUCGAGCUUAAAUGUGCCGUCGGGUCUGGGUUGCAGCACAGUUAUGUAUCCUGAAGCAGCCGCUUUAAAUGCGGCCCAAAUGCUCGCUUUGAACAAUUACAUGAUUUGGAGUAAAUUAAGAGUCAGGUUGUUUGAUAAUUGUACUUCAAUCGUUAAAGCUGAUCAGAAAAUUCAGAAGGCUUAAUAAGUUGUGUUUAGAAUAAAUAUUUUGUUAUUGCA